AUGGAGUUCCAUGUAUACUUAUUUAUCUUCUCAAUAUUAGCUUUAGCAUUAUCCACUUUCAACUAUGGAGUUUUACAUAUGAAAAUUUAUCAUGUAUCGUUUUUGAUGGCUACCCCAAAUGAAGGUGAAAAUUUGCAAGACCCAAAUCUCAAGUCCAGUAUUAAUAAAGUGAUUGGUGGAAAUAGAGAAGACAAUGAAAGAGAUGAUGGAGAAGAUAGUGGAAGAGAUAGUGAAAGAAGUGAUGAAGAAGAUGAUAAAGGAAAUAGUAAAGAAGAUGAUAGAGGAAAUGAUGGAGAUGGUGAAGAUGAAGAAAGAUGUACUUCCUUAGAUAAUGGUAAUAUUAGUCUUAUCUCAGGUAGUACUGUUAGAUCACAAAGUGAUUCAAGUAGUGAUGAACAAUUUCGUAAUAAGUUACUUAGUAUGAAUUCCUUAUUAGAUGUAAGAAUAAUUUGUAUGCAAAUACUUAGUAGUUUAAAUUCUUGGGAAAGAAAAAAAGAAGAAAAGUCGUCUAUUCUCAAACAGACAUAUAAGAUAUUAUUUAGAACUGAGAAAUAUCUUGAAUCUUCAGGUGUCGGAAAUACUGAAGUACACAAUGAAAAUGAAAGUAAGGUGGAAAGUAGCGAAGUGAAUAAGUUACAUGUGAGACAUCAAAGAAUCCUAGAUAAAGUUGAGAGUCUGCAACAGCGAUUAGAAUAUAUUCAAUCAAAAGUAGAUAGAAAAUUAGCGGAAUUAUUGAUAUGUGAAGAGGUGGCUUUAUUAUUUGAAGAGGAAGAAUUCAAAAGGAAACAAGCUUCUAUGGAAGCAUCAAGUUUAUUGCAAAGUAUUUUCUCAAGUAUGACUCUUGAAGAAAAAGAGAGAGCGGAAGCUAAUAGAGAACUAACAAGGCAAAGAUUCUUUAAUGAAGUAAAAUAG